AGUUUUCACUGCCCAUUGACCCAUCUUCUCACCCAAACAAGGGCUUAAUUCUAAAAAUGAAAAUCUUGUUUACCAUUUUCCUCUUCUUCAUCUCCUUCUUCUUCCUCCUGAGAAGAAGAUCAUCAAAAAGGUUGCCUCCUGGUUCACUUGGACUCCCAAUAAUAGGCCAGAGCCUUACUCUUCUCCGAGCUAUGAAAGCCAACACAGCAGAGAAAUGGCUCGAAGAAAGAAUAAGGAAAUAUGGACCCAUAUCAAAGCUGAGCCUCUUUGGCAAACCAACAGUCUUCAUUUAUGGACAAGCUGCAAACAAGUUUGUGUUUACUAGUGAUAGCAGCAUAAUUGCUAAUCAGCAAACCAAGUCGAUUCGGAUGCUUCUGGGGGAUCGUUGUCUGCUGGAGUUGUCAGGAGAAGAUCACAAGCGCGUUAGAGAUGCUCUUGUGUCUUUCUUGAAGCCUGAAUCAUUGAAGCAGUAUAUAGGGAAAAUGGAAGAAGAAAUCAGGUUGCAUAUUGAGAAGCACUGGCAAGGGAAGCAAGAGGUCACGGUUCUGCCUCUUAUGAAGAAUCUCACUUUCAACAUCAUAUGUUCUCUUCUAUUUGGACUUGAAAGAGGAAUUAGAAGAGACCAACUAGUGGGUUACUUUCAAGAGAUGAUUGAAGGAAUGUGGUCUGUCCCAAUCAACUUGCCAUUCACACGCUACAACCGGAGCCUCAAAGCAAGUUCCCAGGUUAGAAAAUUGGUGAAGGAUCUCGUAUUUGAGAAGAGGAUGGAACUUGAACAGCAAGGUGAUCCUCAUAAAGACCUCAUCACUUGCUUGCUCAGCAUCCGGAAUGGAAAGAAUCAAGAAAUGCUAACGGAAGAAGAGAUUGUGCAUAAUGUUAUGCUGAUCAUGGUUGCUGGACAUGACACUUCAUCAAUUCUCAUCACUUUCUUACUUCGUGUCUUAGCAAAUGACCCUGCCAUUCAUGCAGCAGUACUGAAAGAACAAGAAGGAAUAGCUAAGAGCAAGCCAGCAGGGGCACCUCUAACAUGGGAAGAUCUUGCAAAGAUGAAAUACACAUGGAGAGUAGCCAUGGAAACUCUGAGAAUGGUUUCUCCAGUCUUUGGAGGGUUUAGGAAAGCAUUGAAAGACAUUGAGUAUGGUGGGUACCUUAUUCCCAAAGACUGGCAAAUAUUCUGGGUAACGAACAUGACGCACAUGGAUGAAAACAUAUUCCCUGAACCAUCAAAAUUCGAUCCAACAAGAUUCGAGAACCAAACAUCAGUUCCACCAUAUAGUUUCAUUCCAUUUGGAGGAGGACCCAGGAUUUGUCCAGGAUAUGAGUUUGCAAGGAUCGAGACCCUUGUUUCGAUCCAUUAUCUUAUCAUCCGAUUUACCUGGAAGCUGCUGCUUCCAGAUAAUUCUUUUGGCAGAGAUCCAAUGCCAGUACCGGCUGGGGGCCUACCAGUCAAAAUCAUGCCCAGAAACUUGGACAGUCUUACAGUCUACUGAUAUAUUUACAUUGACGUAAGUCAUGCAAACUACUGGGUACAUAUCAAUAUCCUCCAAGUCUACAGUUUGAUCACCAUGUAUUACAAAGGCGUUGACCAGACAAAUUUACUCUAGAUACUUGCAUAGGAACAUGGACAAAGAAAUUGCUAUGUAUAUUUAGAAAACAGAAGACUCAGCAAGAGUUAACAUGUAUCUCAGAAACCUGAAUUCUUUAAGUGGGAUGUACAUCACAGUGACUCAACAUAGUAUUAAAUCAUGAUGAAGUUUGCAAUUAGAUGAAA